CAGAGGCCUCUGCGCCGCCACCCCGGGAGGGCACCGCCGUGACCUUGGCGUGCACCUGCGGGCCCGUCCUGCGCGGCCCCGGGACCCGAGCGCCGGCAGCCGGGAGCGCCGGGCUCCCCCCGGGCGGCCGCCCUUGGGCGGGGGCGGCGUGGCGAGCGCGGGGGCGGCGUGGCGAGCUUGGCCCGGCGCCGCUCCGCGCCCGGCGGCGGCGGCUCAGUGCGCAGGCACGGCGCGGGAGCGAGCGGCGCUCCGGGCCGUACAUAAUACGUGGUGUCUGGGGCCGGCGCGGCGCAGAGCGGAGAUGGGGCCGGGCCGGGACAGCCGCAGCUAGCGCCGCCAGCGCGGGGGCUCGCCGGCCGAGGGCAGCGCCGGGAGGGACAGGUAGGAAGGAUGAGCUCCUAUGCUGACAUCUGCGGGUCCAAGCACGCGCAGGGCAGCACCGAGGGAGGGUACCAACGCUACGGAGUUCGGUCCUACCUGCAUCAGUUUUAUGAGGACUGCACAGCUUCAAUUUGGGAGUAUGAGGAUGAUUUUCAGAUCCAGAGAUCGCCGAGCAGGUGGAGCUCUGUAUUCUGGAAGGUCGGACUCAUCUCUGGGACGGCUUUUAUGCUGAUAGGUGUAGCUGUUCUUGUAGUGGGUUUUCUUGUGCCACCGAAAAUCGAAGCCCUUGGAAAGGAUGAUUUUGUUGUUGUGGAUACCCAUGCUGUUCAGUUCAAUGGGUCCCUUGAUAUAUGCAAGCUGGCAGGAGCAAUCUUGUUCUGUGUUGGAGGGUCCACUGUGGCAGCAUGUCUGCUAAUGUCUGCUUUUGCUAAAAGUUACUCCAAAGAAGAGAAGUACCUCCAGCAAAGAUUUAAAGAGAGAAUAGCUGAUAUAAAAGCCCAUGCAAACCCAGUCACAAAAGCGCCAGCACCGGGAGAAUCAAAGAUACCUGUCACUUUGUCCAGAGUACAGAAUGUCCAGCCUUUAUCUGAAACCUGACCCUUCCCUUGGGUUUUGUUUCUCUUGUAGAUCACUUUAACUGGAGAAUAUCAGCCCUUGUUGGCAUCUGUGCUAGUCAAGUAAAACAUCGAGUGCUCCGCUAUAUAAACAUGCAGCUAAUGGGGAAGCUGCUCUGGUAAAAAUUUAGGAUUGGGAAAAAGGAAAUUAUGUGAUUAGACCUGUGACUAAUAUAUUCAGUACAUUUGAACCUUUUAAUCUGUGUGGGUACAGUAAGUUCUUGCAACAAUUAUUAGGUGUUUAGCUUAUCAGAUUGCAUCCCUGGGAAACCUAAGGUGCACUUAAUGACAGCUGUACCAGGAACACUCUACAUCCCACUAUUUAAAAAUUAGAUGAAUUUGCUCUUUUUUCAGUUUCAUUAAUUUGUUUAAUUUUUAUGGUUUUUUGCUUUAAAAUACUCUUUAGUCUUACAUUUCCCACCUGGUUCUGCUGUCUGGGAAUCCAAGAUUCUGCCCUUGUAAUUUGCACUUGUCCUCCUGUCACAUGCUACAGUCUGUAUCAAAGUAAUACUGCACAGGUAAAACAUAUAUGUCAGGGAGAGCCCUUAAUUUGAUCCUGGCACAUGUCACUUCCCAGCAAUGAAACUUCCUGGGAAAGGCAAGUUAUACUUGAUCCUGAGUUAUAACUAACCUGUGCUAAACUGCCACUUUUGUCUUAGUCAUUGCCAUGUUAGCAAAAACUACAGAGAAAAUAAAGAUAAGGAAUUCCUGUGGGAGGAGGAACAUCAUACUUGUGUGUCUUUGCUUUGAUACUGUUUCUUAGACUGUAUUAUGUUGAGGAUAAUACAAAAUGUUUUUGUUUUGUCUGGGUGAGAAUGAAUAAAUGUGGUUUGACAUAGCCAGGCCCUGUAUUCUGUCAGUACAUCAAUGCCAUGUUAGAUGAUCUCAACGUACGUAUCUGAACACAUUUUGAAAUGCUGUUUAUAUUUUUAUAGAGAAUAGAAGACAUUAUGCUUAACCAGAUACAUCUGUGUAAAUGCUUACCUAAAGACUUGUCCUUUCAUGGAAGACCCGUAACUAUUUUCUCACCCAGGCCAAUUAUUUUACUGUCUUAAUCUAUGGAUUUAAAUUAAACUGUAUAAAGAUGUGACAUUUGUACUCUCUGACAAUAUGUGCCACCUUAUAGUUCUGUCUAUUUUUUGAAUGGAUUGAAUAAAAUUCUAGGCGUGAGCCAGCCAUGGA